CACUCUGCCCCACAGCGACCGCAGCCAUCACGGUGGGACACCCUCGCCUGCCUGCCACACCCCCACACCAGAUGACGCUGCUAUCUCUCUCCUGCGGAAUCUUUCUGCCGAGGAGAAAGACAGGAGGCUGAUUUUGGCAGCUAAGAACGGAGCAGUGCAGCAGAUGCAGGCACUGCUGGCCGCUGGGGCGGACGUUGGGGCCGAAGACAGUGACAGGAACACCGCCCUGCACUGGGCAGCCUGGGAGGGCCACUUGCAGGCAGUCGGGUGCCUUCUGGGGGCCGGCGCAGAUGUGGACGCCGGCAACUGGGUGCGGAAUACGCCGCUCCACUGGGCAGCGUGGGGCGGCCGGGAAGCUGUGGUGCGCCUGCUAGCCUCGUCUGGCGCCGACCUCGACGCCAGGAACCGGGACGGGAUGAGGCCGCUGCACGAGGCGGCCAAGCACGGGCACGCGACGGCGGUGGCUGCGCUGCUCGAUGCGGGGGCUGACAGGCGGGUCACCAAUGGCGAGGGCCACACGCCGCUGGACCUCGCCAGGCAGCACAACCACGACAACCUGAUAGACAUACUCAGCAGUCCGACAGACUCCACCUGAUCAAAAAGAAAA